UUUCAUUCUACCCAUUUUGCAGGCCAAGCCAUGACUUCAGGAUCAGUGCACGUGGACUCCAAAGCUGAGCUCACUACCUUGUUAGAGCAGUGGGAAAAGGAACAUGGCAGCGGGCAAGAUAUGGUGUCUAUCCUCACCAGGAUGUCAGAGUUGAUUGAGAAAGAAACUGAAGAAUAUCGUAAGGGAGAUCCAGAUCCAUUUGAUGAUAGACAUCCUGGUCGAGCUGAUCCCGAAUGUAUGCUGGGCCACCUAUUGAGAAUACUCUUUAAGAAUGAUGAUUUCAUGAAUGCAUUGGUGAAUGCAUAUGUGAUGACAAGCAGAGAGCCUCCUUUGAACACAGCUGCUUGCAGACUCUUGUUAGAUAUCAUGCCUGGGCUGGAAACUGCUGUUGUCUUUCAAGAAAAGGAAGGAAUUGUUGAGAACCUGUUCAAAUGGGCAAGAGAGGCUGAUCAACCACUGAGGACUUAUUCUACUGGAUUGUUGGGAGGUGCUAUGGAAAACCAAGACAUUGCUGCCAACUAUAGAGAUGAGAACUCACAGUUGGUGGCUUUAGUUCUUCGGAGACUUAGGGAACUGCAGGUUCAUGAAAUGACUUUACGGCAGGAAAAUAAACGUCCCAGCCCUCGAAAGUUGCCCUCAGAACCGCUGUUGCCACUGGAUGAAGAAGCAGUGGACAUGGACUAUGGGGAAAUGACAAUGGAUGGAGAACAAGAGGAGACCUCUGGGGAUAUGGAGAUUUCCUUUCACCUUGAUUCGAGCCAUAAGACCAGUAGCAGAGUGAAUUCAACCACCAAACUUGAGGAUGGAGGGUUGAGAAAAAGUAAAAUGGCAAAACAGGGUGACAGAGAUGGCUUCAGAAAGGCCAAGCAAAAGUUGGGCUUCUCAACUUCUGAACCAGAACGCAUGUUUGUUGAACUCUCUAACAGCAGCUGGUCAGAAAUGUCCCCUUGGGUUAUUGGUACUAAUUAUACCCUUUAUCCUUUGACUUCUGCUUUAGAGCAACGACUUAUUCUUCAGUACUUGACCCCACUAGGAGAGUAUCAGGAGCUGCUUCCCAUUUUCAUGCAGCUUGGAUCACGGGAGCUGAUGAUGUUCUAUAUUGACUUGAAAAGGACAAAUGAUGUAUUGCUCACCUUUGAGGCUCUGAAGCACUUGGCAUCACUUCUACUUCACAACAAGUUUGCCACAGAGUUUGUUGCACAUGGAGGAGUACAAAAGUUAUUGGAAAUUCCUCGUCCUUCUAUGGCUGCUACUGGUGUGUCCAUGUGUUUAUAUUAUCUAUCUUAUAACCAGGAUGCUAUGGAACGAGUCUGCAUGCAUCCCCAUAAUGUUCUGUCAGAUGUAGUGAACUACACCUUGUGGCUAAUGGAGUGUUCCCACGCAUCAGGAUGCUGCCAUGCUACCAUGUUUUUCUCUAUUUGCUUUUCUUUUCGUGCGGUCUUGGAACUAUUUGACCGGCAUGAUGGUCUUCGUCGCCUGGUCAACUUGAUCAGUACCCUAGAAAUUCUAAACUUGGAAGAUCAGGGUGCUCUUCUGAGUGAUGAUGAAAUAUUUGCCAGCCGCCAAACUGGGAAGCAUACCUGCAUGGCGCUUCGCAGGUACUUUGAAGCCCACCUGGCCAUUAAAUUAGAACAGGUGAAGCAAUCGCUUCAGAGGACAGAAGGUGGUAUUCUUGUCCAUCCACAGCCACCAUACAAGGCAUGUUCUUAUACUCAUGAGCAGAUUGUGGAGAUGAUGGAGUUUCUCAUAGAGUAUGGACCAGCUCAGUUAUACUGGGAACCAGCUGAAGUCUUCCUCAAACUUUCUUGUGUGCAACUCAUGUUGCAGCUUAUCUCCAUUGCCUGCAACUGGAAAACCUACUAUGCAAGGAAUGAUACUGUACGCUAUGCAUUAGAUGUCCUGGCUAUUCUCACUGUGGUACCAAAAAUCCAGCUGCAAUUAGCUGAAUCAGUGGAUGUGUUAGAUGAAGCUGGAUCCAUUGUCUCAACAGUAGGUAUCAGCAUCAUCCUGGGAGUGGCUGAGGGUGAGUUCUUUAUCCACGAUGCUGAAAUUCAGAAAUCAGCUCUUCAGAUCAUUAUCAAUUGUGUGUGUGGCCCAGAUAAUCGAAUCUCUAGUAUUGGCAAGUUCAUCUCUGGAACCCCAAGGCGGAAGUUGCCUCAGCCUCCAAAAAGAAAUGAGCAUACUCUGGCCAAGAUGUGGAAUGUGGUUCAGUCCAACAAUGGCAUUAAGGUGCUGUUGUCAUUGUUGUCCAUCAAGAUGCCCAUCACUGAUGCAGACCAGAUCAGAGCACUAGCAUGUAAAGCCCUGGUUGGACUUUCCCGCAGUAGUACUGUUCGGCAAAUCAUCAGCAAGCUGCCUCUCUUCAGUAGCUGCCAGAUCCAGCAGCUGAUGAAGGAGCCUGUCUUGCAGGACAAGCGCAGUGACCAUGUCAAGUUCUGCAAAUAUGCUGCUGAGCUGAUUGAACGUGUAUCAGGAAAGCCCCUCCUUAUCGGUACUGAUGUCUCUCUUGCACGGCUGCAGAAAGCAGAUGUGGUAGCCCAGUCUAGAAUCUCCUUUCCAGAGAAAGAAUUGCUUCUCUUAAUCCGAAACCAUCUUAUCUCUAAAGGGCUAGGAGAGACUGCAACAGUCCUCACCAGAGAGGCUGAUCUACCCAUGACUGCUGCAUCUCAUUCCUCUGCCUUCACUCCUGUCACAGCUGCUGCUUCCCCUGUCUCUCUGCCUCGUACCCCUCGCAUUGCCAAUGGCAUUGCAGCCAGACUAAACAGCCAUGCCAAUGUAGCCUCCUCGGCCUCAUCUGUCCACUCUCAGUCACGGCCUCCACAGGGUCCUCUUGCUCUGCCUGGCCCAUCUUAUGCAGGCAGCUCUCCUUUGAUUGGCAGGAUCAGUUUUAUCAGGGAGAGGCCAUCGCCUUGCAAUGGCAGGAAAAUCAGAGUGUUACGGCAGAAAUCGGACCAUGGCGCAUAUAGCCAAAGUCCAGCCAUAAAAAAGCAGUUGGACAGGCAUCUUCCUUCCCCUCCCACGCUGGACAGUAUCAUCACAGAAUACCUUAGGGAGCAGCACGCUCGCUGCAAGAACCCAGUUGCCACCUGUCCCCCUUUUUCUCUUUUUACCCCUCACCAGUGUCCUGAGCCAAAACAAAGGCGGCAAGCGCCAACAAACUUUACCUCGAGGCUAACCCGCAGAGCAGCCUUUCCAAAGUAUGGAGGGGUAGAUGGUGGGUGCUUUGAUAGGCACCUCAUCUUCAGCAGGUUCCGUCCCAUUUCAGUGUUUCGGGAAGCAAAUGAGGAUGAAAGUGGUUUUACCUGCUGUGCAUUCUCAGCCCGAGAGAGGUUUCUAAUGCUUGGCACGUGUACAGGGCAGCUAAAACUUUACAAUGUGUUCAGUGGGCAGGAAGAGGCUAGUUAUAACUGUCAUAACUCUGCCAUCACACACCUCGAACCAUCUAGGGAUGGAUCUUUGUUGUUAACAUCUGCCACAUGGAGCCAGCCUCUUUCUGCACUCUGGGGGAUGAAAUCAGUAUUUGAUAUGAAGCAUUCCUUCACAGAAGACCACUACGUAGAGUUCAGCAAGCACUCACAAGAUAGGGUCAUUGGCACAAAAGGGGACAUUGCCCAUAUUUAUGACAUUCAGACUGGCAACAAGCUGUUGACUCUCUUUAACCCAGAUCUUGCCAACAACUACAAGAGGAAUUGUGCCACGUUUAAUCCUACAGAUGAUUUAGUCUUAAAUGAUGGAGUUCUCUGGGAUGUUCGUUCUGCGCAGGCCAUACAUAAGUUUGACAAGUUCAACAUGAACAUCAGUGGUGUUUUCCAUCCUAAUGGACUAGAAGUCAUAAUUAAUACUGAAAUUUGGGACCUUCGAACUUUCCAUUUGCUGCACACAGUCCCAGCUUUGGAUCAGUGUCGUGUAGUUUUCAACUAUACGGGUACAGUGAUGUAUGGAGCUAUGCUACAGGCAGAUGAUGAAGAUGACUUAAUGGAAGAGAGGAUGAAAAGCCCCUUUGGAUCAUCUUUCAGAACAUUCAAUGCAACAGAUUAUAAACCUAUAGCUACCAUUGAUGUGAAACGAAAUAUUUUUGACCUGUGCACUGACACCAAGGACUGUUACCUUGCUGUUAUUGAGAAUCAAGGCAGUAUGGAUGCCCUGAACAUGGACACAGUAUGCAGGUUGUAUGAGGUGGGCAGGCAGCGCCUGGCAGAAGAUGAAGAUGAGGAAGAGGAUCAGGAGGAAGAAGAACAAGAGGAAGAAGAUGAUGAUGAAGAUGAUGAUGACACAGAUGACCUUGAUGAACUUGACACUGAUCAGCUGCUGGAAGCAGAGUUAGAGGAGGAUGAAAACAAUGAGAACGCUGGCGAGGAUGAGGAUGGUGAUAAUGACUAUUCUCCUUCAGAUGAAGAGCUGGCUAACUUGCUUGAAGAAGGAGAUGAAGGGGAAGAUGAAGACUCUGAUGCUGAUGAGGAAGUUGAACUGAUACUGGGAGACAGUAAGUAUAGACAGGACCAUCACUCUGAUCCUAGGAAGCAUCAGAGAGUUUUUAUUCCUACAUGCCAACCCAGACAGAGAGUCAAACAUGUCUUCUUUGCUCUGCCCUCAGCUGCUAACCAUACAUUUCCCUUGGAGGAAAGGCAAAGUCAGCAUCUGUGUUCAUUUGCUAUCUCACCGCCUAAACUGUGUAACCAACUGGCCAUGGUCCCUUACCUUCAGAGGACUAAACUUCCUAGAUCAGACGGAAAAAGUUUAGUUGUUUGUUCCAUCUGAGGGGCACGUCUGAAUUCAUCAGAAGAAGCUCUCAUGAACAGUUAUUCAUUUCUAAAGAGAUAAAGUGAUAGAGUCCAUUGUGUUGUCCUUUUCCUCUCUGCUGUUGGCUCCUCCCUCUUAGACGUGGUGGGGCUCCUUCUCCCUUCUAGCUUCUUUCUAUUCUGCUUAGCAUUUCUUCCUCCUUUUCCUCCUCCUCCUUUUGAUGAAUAAACUUACAAAACCUUAGGUGGUAAAUUUCCCAUUAGGACCAAACUGGAUGGCCCUAUAUACAUCUGAGAUAGGGUUUCCCCUUGUCUUUGCUCAGGAGUCCUGUGCAAGCCAGCUAAUGAUGUAAACUAAGGUCAUGUUUACAAGUUAGCUGAACUGUCAUACUCCUUUAGAGCAGACUCCCUCCAGUUUAGGCUGCUCACCAGCCCCUCGGUGGUAAGAUGUGCGCAUCACUGGCAGAUUCAUUCAUGCUGUUCUUCUGUUUCGUUGUAGUGCUUCACUGCCCAUCUGUGGCCAAACUCAUGAAUUUUGGGGAAAUAAUCCCUAUGAUCUCCAGCGGGUUUUCUUAUAUAUAGUCCAGUCAGCACUUUUAAAGGUGGUAGGUAUUAUGUCCAGAGAGAAGAGGACACAACACAGACCUAAUUAAAGCCAAGCCUCGCCAUAGUUGACCUGUUUUUAUAAUGGAUGGGUUUGGUGGUGGCGGGGAAGGUGGUUGGGGACAGAGGGGAGGAAAUUAUUUAGUUGGAGGUAUAAUUCAGGCGUUCCCCUUAAACCGUGAUGCAAGGACAUUUUCUUUGGGAUAAAUCUUGCAGGUUCUAAUCUAAGAAUCUAAAACCAACUUGGAGGAGACUGGCUUCUGUGUAGCCAUUUCCAUGAGCCCUUCUUUCUGUUGCUUAAGGAAACUUUUGUGGGGAGGAGUUGGAAACCAUAGCUCCAUCUGUCCUACUGAUAGAAGGGAGAGGACUGUUUAUCAGCCUCUGUUUCCUGCACUUGGAGACUGAGAUACUAGGAGAGCCCUGAAGAUGGGGCAAUACUCUGGAGAGACUUUUGCCUUGUCCCAGGAAGGGUUCAUAUUCAGCAAAGGGUUUUUUUUUUUCCUUUGUCAGAGGAUCUGGCAGGGAAUAAGGGGUGGGUGAAACAUAUCAACAUUAUUGUAAAAGUGGGUGGAACAGGUUUUAUUAAACAUUUUUAUUGUACUUGAUAAUUGGACACGGGGUACAAGCUAUAUCGACAUUGUCAAUUUUUAAUUCACUUAAAUGACAAGGGAUUAGUGAGGCACAUUAAAAGGGGUGGCAAGCAGCCGUGGCGGAGAGUAAAGUCCAGCUCGUGGUGGUGCCAGCUAAUGCAAGUGAGUACUGCUUUCAUUUCUCAAUUUUUUAGUUUGAAUGCAAGGCCACCAAAAUUUGGGUUUGGCUUGUAAAAUUACUUCUUGUUCUCGCCACCAGGGCACCAAGUAUUUUAAAUUUGGGAACUACUUUCAAGCCAAAACUAUAGGCACAGUACUUACAUUGCUUAGAGUGGGAAAGCUUCUGGUGUAGAAUUUCAGCUUGGGAAAAAAGAAGCUUAAAUUAGGACUCUCAUGGGUUGCUCUGAGGGAAGGGGGAGAUUGGAAUGGUACAGGAGGAGGAAGGAAUUUAGAGUGAGCAUAGAGAGUCCAAAACUACAUUGUCAGUAUCACCUGGAGUUUGAGAACAGAUGUAAAUUGUACUUCGUUCACUUUGGUUUUCAAAGUUAUGACAGUGACCGCAGAUUUUUGUGCUAUUUAGCCUUUUAAGCUACAGUGGGUACAAGGCUUGGGCAUUGCUAUUGCCCUAUCAAUUCUAUGUUCUAGUUCAUCUGAUCUGUUGGAGAACUUGUUUGCUUACUUUUAGGGUCAGCAUGUUUCCUAAGACUUUGCGAUGCCCUAAAGAGGACUUUUCUAGGUAUUUGGUUUGGCACAUGCUAUUAGGCAUCUAUUUUACUCUUAAAAAAAAAUUAGUUACACAGGCUAUAUAGGAAGGAAGUUCUAUAGCAUGAGUUAUAUUGAUAGUGGUGAUGUUGAGGAGGGCUGGUAAAGCAUUUAUAUACUCAUGUCUGCCGUGUGUCUUUACUAUCAAAAAUCCCUUAGCUUUGGGUUUUUCUCAUUUCCCUAAAGUAAGAGACCAGUCAACAGUAGUGGUGUCUUGAAAGCCUGCCUUCUUACAUAAUUUUCUGGAGUCCAGUUUCAGAGUAUCAAAAUUUGGAUCAACUUGUUUGAACUUCUCUUAAAAAAGAUUAUGAUUCCAUGAAUCCCUUAAUUGCCUUUCCUUGGUGGUCAGGCAUAUAGGUGAGCCUGAUGGUUAGGUGUUACUUUCCAUUGGUGGGUCCAUUUGGUAUCCCCUGGUUUCCAGGUGUAUCUUUGGAUGUCUCUAAGACACAAGAGGAACCUAGGGUUUUGAGUGGGGAGGUCAGGUGCUUAGGUACACAUUAGGUAAUGGGCUAUGUUGGCCUCCUUUCUCUUCAAUGAACUCCUAGCUUCCUGGCAACCCUUUUCUAGAUUACUGAAGAAAAAGCUUUAGCAUGUCGAUGAGAUUAGAUACUAUUAGUGAUUUGCUUCAGUAAUUUCAAGCCUCUGUUCUCUGAUCUUCUUUUCUUGUUUUCUUAACUCUUAGGAGACCUUUGCCUCCUGUCCCUUCUGCUUGAUUGUGACUUCUCUGACUCCUGGGGCAGUUACUUCUUUAGCCAUCUGGUCUAGCCUUAACUCAAGGUCUUUAUUGUUUACCUCUCCUGGUUACAAUAUAUCUUCUUGGUGUUUCUUCUGCAGAAGAUUGUGGUAAAGGAAAUGAUGUUUGGGAAGAUACUUUGCUUUUUUUUUUUACCUGUGAUUUCCAAAAAAGGUGGUUAAUUCUAGUACCAGAAAAAGUCUGAAGGAUCAAACUUUGCAGAGUGUGGUACCCAACCUUUACCCAUUUGGAGGCUUUAUGCCUAUUGAGCUUUGCUUUUGCCAGUCAUGUAGCUAAGAUAAGAAGCCAACUCAUUUCCUUCAGUAGGAACUAUAGGACUUGUUGAAAAAUUUUGUUUUCUCAUUCAUUGACAUGCUUUCUGUUUUGUGACCAGCCAAGGAAGGUGCUGAAACCAGAGGCAGCUUUCUCCUCUCUUUCCUGCUUGACUUCGAAUUAUACCUGAUGACCCCCUUUUGAAUGGCCACUUAGGCUUCAGAAAUGAAGAGGCAGUUGAGAGAAUCAGAUUUGGCUCCUUGCAUUUCCAAUCAGUGUUAUAUAAGAGGGCAUUAGUUCAGCCUGGCAGAUGUGAGGGGGGAAGGGCCAUAAUGAAGCCGGCUACCAGAGUUUUAUCCCUAUCAAAGCUGCUUGGUGGUGUGUUCCAGGUAGGCCUUAGAUCUGUUGAGAGUAGGAGUAAGUCACCAGGAAGUCAAACUCUUACCUUGAAUGUCAAAAUAGCCUCUCCUCUGGCAUUGCUGUGAGAUGGCUUAUUCUCCAUAGGUAAUUGGUGUUCCCAUACGGUUUAUAGUUAGAAGUCUGCACAGGGCAUUUUUCUUUACAAGGUAGUGUACACUGAUGUAGACCUUCUCUAGCAGAAAAAAGAUUUGAUGAGUGUUGGCUUGGAGGAGAGUUUAAGAAUUUUAGGGGAAAAUAUCCAAAUUCCCUCAAACUAGAGCCUCACUACUUACAGUCCCCCUGUCUCCAUGGGAAACCCAGGUGGGCUGGAAUAUUCAACUUACACAGAGUUCAUAAAAAGUGGCCCUCUUUGCCCAAGUAGAGCUAAGGUGGGAGGGCCCCUAUGGAAGUCUUACCUCCUUUAUCUAAGAGCACUAUCCUGAGAAACAUCUUGGUAUUCUCUGUCCCUUGCACUCAAGGCAGGGGUAUUGGAUCCUUGAGGCUUAGCUGCAGAUCUGACUUGAAGCCCUGCAACAGCCCUGUGCUCUCAGGGUCAAUGCUGCAUGGCAUGGACACCUGCUAAAGCUGGAUGUGGUGAUUCUUUGGGGACCACUGAAAACCUUUUCAUUUGGGUUGAGGUUCCCAUUGGCUGCACAGGUUUUUUGAGCCAGCUGAAGUGUUCCUCAGAGCACAGAAAGGUUAAGCUGCCUUGGCCCUUUUUAAAGAAUAUUGAGCUGAGAUUUCCCAGGGUAGGCAAUGGUUGCCAGCAACAGAUGUGCUCGCAGCUGCCAAACACCAAGGAGCUAAUUGGUAUGUUUUCUCCUUUCUUGAAAUGGUAAUUGACCCACUCAGGGAGGAUAAAGGUAGAACACAGUAUUUUCUACCUUCCUGUAAGUUCAACACAUAAUCUCCUCUUUUCCCUCCCUUUUUCUUCUUUACCUUUCCAGCUGAUAGCUCAGAUAACUCCGAUUUGGAAGAUGACAUCAUCUUAUCUUUGAAUGAGUGAAGAGUGACCAUCAUGUGGAUGCCCACUGAAGAAGUUCUCUUCCUGGCAGGCAGGAGACCAAAUGAGCAUCGAAUUCAGAACAAGCCUCCCUGACGCCUCUUCUCCCCUCUCUCCCUUCCCGGUCUCUAUCCCUCUCCCAGGGAUAUGUGUUUUUCGAGAAUCUGUAGGCUUCACGCUUGGAGGGUUUUGGCUUAAGCAGAGAAUCAGUUGUGCCCAGAAGUGGCCAUUCAAUAAAGAGAUCAGGGGUUAGGCCUUUUUUUCUGCCUUCUUUUCCCCACUUCCUCCAGAAUGGACAAAUCUUUCCUUAAGGAAAAGCCCCACUUCUCUGGGGAUAUUUCACAGUAUAUUUUCUUUGUAUAAAGUUCUUUACUAAAGAACAAGAAAAUAGUUUUAUAUAAAAGCAAAAAAAAAAAAUUGCAGGUGUUUAUAGCAAAGAGGGUGUGAACUUAUAUCCACCGGGUACCUUGUCCCCUAAGCUUCAUUUCCUUUGGGAAAAAGUGAUGCCCGAAGAUCAAUAUAAAGAGGCGUUUUUACACGAGUAUUUAAAAUGAAAAGGAAAAUCGUGGUUUCUUAAAUUGAUAAGGAUUAAGACUAUUUUAUUAUAAAUAUAAUAUAUGAUUUUUAAAAAAAAAAGUUUUGUUGCCUCACAUGCUGUCAGGAUGUUGGUGUUUUUUCCUUGACUUGAGGUGCCUUCGUGCCAGAAUUGGGGAGGAAGGCGGGCAUGGACUGCUGUUUGCCAUGUAUAUGCACACAUUCAUUCACCCACCACCCUCACAGAAUGGCAGGCAGGAGCACUGGCAUUUUGGUCAUUGUGGAUACUGGUUUUGUGGAGAUGAGGGAACUUGUGAUAUAAGUUCACUCCCUCUAUUUUUCUUUGUGAUUCAGGUUUUUUUUUUUAAUCUUUUUUUUCUUCCCUUUCUCCUGUGUGGAAAUUACAAAUCAAAGGCCUUUUUCUUUAAUGUAAAGUGUAUUUAUUUAAAAAAAAGUACAAAAUAAACUACAAGUCUGUCUUUGUU